CUCGAGUCAAAUUAAUUAAAUUUAAUUAUUCAAACAUUCCAAUUAAUUACGCAAUCAUAAACGCAUUUAGAACGAACUAACAAUGGCAAGGGAAAACGUUUAGAAAGUUUUGCUGUGGUAUUAAAGAUUUUUUUAAUUAUUAUUGCAAGAGAAAGAAAAAUUGACUGAUAAUACAUUUAUUUAUAUAAAUGUAAAUAUUUACGAACAUUCAGACAAAAAUAAACCUGUUUGAAGAUUUUUGUUUAAAAGUUCCGUAAAGUAGCGAAGUGACACUAAAACUCUUCAUUGUGGUGUUUGGAGUUGAUGAGACAAUUUGUUUGUUGUGUGUUGAACAUGACUUCUGAAUAUUGCUAUAGAAAUGAUGUUCCUACAACUGUUUCCAGACAUAGUCUUCUACAGAUGGGAUCGUUGAUUAAAAAGUUAUCAAGCAAUUUAGAAUCUUGGCAGAAGACAUGGAUGUCUUGGAUUUCCUGGACAAAUGGCAGCGAAAAGAAACGAGGGUGGAUGAUGGUAGACCCAAAUGAUUUGGGCAAAUUGUCAACUGAAAUAGCCCAGCUUUCCAAGUCUCUUCCUAAACUUGUCAACAACAGAAGAGUAGCUGCUUCUAAUGUGAUAAAUGAAUUGUCAAAAGAAAUAAAUAAAAUCAAACGGCUUCUUCAAGAAAGCGAACUGGAGAGGAAUCAUUGGAAAUCUCGUUAUGAUUCAACUUCACUUGAUUGUCAGAAUGAAAAGCAGCGUAACCUUCAGUUGUCUCAGCAAGUCCGAGAACUGAGUGAACAGAUUAAUCAACAAUCGGAUUAUACCUCCAGCUUAGGAUCAGCUUGUUGUACUUUGUUAUGGAGAGUGUCACGUUCUGAGGAAAGCAUUCAAGCCAUACUAGUGGGAAAUAAAGUAAAUGAAUUUUUAUUGCUUGUGCAAGGGACUCUGGAAAGUUUUCUUACCGCAUACAAAGAAGAUUGGCCUCAGGAGAAAACUGAUGAAGAACAUUUCAUCUUAGCUAUGUGUGGUAUUAUAACUAAUAUUGCAGCAUCUGCUUAUGGUCGAGACUUUCUUGUGAACAACACUUAUGGAUGUCAAAUUAUUGAUAUUUUCAUCACAGUAUUGGCUGAAGCACCCAACAAGAAAAGUACAAAACUAAAGAAUCUCAUUUUGAUGUCCCUCUAUAACAUAUCUAUCAACCAAAAAGGUCUGAAGUAUAUCUGCAAUAAAACAACAGUAUUCCAGCUUUUAGUUUGGCUUUUAACAGAAGAACAAUCCACAGAGUGUUGUAUUAAUGUCCUUCGAUUGUUACAGUCUUUAGUUUGUGAGGCUAGUAUUCCUGUAAUUCAUCAACUGAAAGAAGUGUUACCCGAGCAACAGUUGGGGCAGUUGUGUAACAGUCGGAAUAAAGUAGUUGCGGAAUUGGCCUCAGAUCUUCAGACUGAUCUCAACUAUUAACAGUAUUUCUUGUUGUCAUAAAUUAGUAGAAAAACUGAGAUGUUUCAGUCCAGAGAAGAAAAACCUCUCUAGGUCAAGCUUUUUUUUUUUUUU